AUGGGGCACUGGGCGCUGCUGCCCGGCUGGGUUUCUGCUACGCUGUGGCUGGCGCUGGCCGCUCUGCCCGCAGCCCUGGCCGCCAACAGCAGUGGCCGAUGGUGGGGCAUCGUGAACGUAGCCUCCUCCACGAACCUGCUGACCGACUCCAAGAGUCUACAACUGGUGCUCGAGCCCAGUCUUCAGCUGCUGAGCCGCAAACAGAGGAGGCUGAUCCGCCAGAACCCGGGGAUCCUGCACAGCGUGAGCGGGGGGCUGCAGAGCGCUGUGCGAGAGUGCAAGUGGCAGUUCCGCAACCGCCGCUGGAACUGCCCCACGGCUACGGGGCCCCACCUCUUCGGCAAGAUCGUCAACCGAGGCUGUCGGGAAACGGCGUUUAUUUUCGCUAUCACCUCCGCCGGGGUUACCCAUUCGGUGGCGCGCUCCUGCUCAGAGGGCUCCAUCGAGUCUUGCACGUGCGACUAUCGGCGGCGCGGCCCUGGGGGCCCCGAUUGGCACUGGGGGGGCUGCAGCGACAACAUCGACUUCGGCCGCCUCUUCGGCAGGGAGUUUGUGGACUCCGGGGAGAAGGGGCGGGACCUGCGUUUCCUCAUGAACCUUCACAACAACGAGGCUGGCCGCACGACUGUGUUCUCUGAGAUGCGCCAGGAGUGCAAGUGCCACGGGAUGUCGGGCUCGUGCACGGUGCGCACGUGCUGGAUGCGGCUGCCCACGCUGCGCGCCGUGGGCGACGUGCUGCGCGACCGAUUCGAUGGCGCCUCGCGCGUCCUCUAUGGCAACCGCGGCAGCAACCGCGCCUCGAGGGCGGAACUGCUGCGCCUGGAGCCCGAGGACCCGGCGCACAAGCCGCCCUCCCCCCACGACCUCGUCUACUUCGAGAAAUCGCCCAAUUUCUGCACGUACAGCGGACGCCUGGGAACGGCGGGCACGGCCGGGCGCGCCUGCAACAGCUCCUCGCCCGCGCUGGACGGCUGCGAGCUGCUCUGCUGUGGCCGGGGCCACCGUACGCGCACACAGCGCGUCACCGAGCGCUGCAACUGCACCUUCCACUGGUGCUGCCACGUCAGCUGCCGCAACUGCACGCACACGCGCGUACUGCACGAGUGUCUGUGA